AUGACGUCUUCUCCCGCGCACUUGCGCUCCCUCUACCGCGCCAUCCUUCGAGAACUGCCCCCGCGACCGAUCCUCGCCGCGCCGCGCAGCCCUCUGCAUGCACAGCUGCGCAGCACCUUUUCUUCGUCUUCUGGUGGUGGUGGUGAUGAAAGCGCCGCCGCCGUGCACUCGCCAGCGGUGGCCGCCGAGCUGGUGGCGUACCUGCGCGCGCAGCGCACGUACGCGACGCUGCUGGAGCGCUACAACCCGGGCAUGGGCAUGGACGAGACGGAGCGCGUGCGCCUGACGGCCAGGAGGGUAGGCAUGGACCUGCCGGUCUUGGUCAAGGGGAGGCUAUGA